UCAUAUUUUUGCAUUACCUUAGAGUAUGGUUUGACACUGACAAGCAUGUUAAAAUACAUAAAAUUACAUUCAUUUAGCGUGAUUAAACAAUUGUCAUUUAUGAUUAGUGGUUGGCAUGUUACAUUGCAAUAAGUGUCCGGUAAGUAGUUUAGUUUAGUCAUAACGUUCGUACACCCCAUUGGGUUUUGGAUGUAUCAAAAUGUGUUUCAUUAGUAAUCGUAAUUGAUUUACCAAUAAAAAUCAUUGUUGCAGAUAUAACAAUAAGCACGCGUCAUAAUUAUCCGUAGGUAUUCUCAAGUAUUUAAGUUCACGUAAUUGGAGAUUGAAGGAAGUCUGAAAGCGGGAUUGCAUCAGUAGACAAUAAUUUCCUAGACUGUGUUGUUAUUACAAUUAUUACGGAUAGAAGGUACCAAGCAUAAACAUUUAUCAGCAGUUAACAAUUUACAGAUCAGUGGGAUUCAUCCAGCAAUAAAUCUGUUUCAAUUUACGACUUUAUAACAUUAAUCAUACAGGCAGAGACGACUUCAAUAUAAUAACAAUAUAUCUGAGAUAUAGGUUAAUUGAAGCAUCCAAUAGAUCAAUACGUCUUUAAACAUGAAACUUCAAAGAAGCAUGGCUAUUGUGAGAAUUGCUUUUCUACUGGUAAUAAGUAUUGCUAUUGUAAAUGCAGCAGUAGCCAAUCGACUGGACGAGGAUUUAUUUAAUGAUAAAAAUGACGGCUCAAUCACAUUAAAGUCGGCAGAUUCGUCCUUCGAUUACAAAGUUGAUCAUCAGAUGUACACUAUUCCAUUACGUCAUUUUGCAAGACACGGCCUAUGCAGAAAUAAGAGAGAUAAGCAAUAUUUCUAUAAAGCAUUGAAAGGAAAGUUAUGUCAAAUAAAAGAGAUGUUUGUAGCAACAUUUGUAGAAGAUCUAUGCAAACACCGAGGUUCCUUUCUAGAUAAAUGGGUCUCAGAAUUGUUUGAUGUGGAUGGUGAUGGAAUGAUUACUCACCAUGAAAAGAGGCUGUAUAAAAUAAACAACUAAAUCUUCACUGUUGUUGAAUGGAUCAAAAUAUGGGAACAAACAAAAAACGACAGCGCAAAUGUGCUAGAACUUGCAGAUACACAUACGGAUAUGUGAAUUUACAGUGUUUAUAUGAAUAGGCUUCCAUGAAUAUUAUGUGAUAUUUUGAGAAAUGUGUUAACACAUUGCCUUAUAUCAUCUUGAACUAUGAAUUUUAUUUACAUUUGAUAAGGAAAUUGUAUAUGUCAUGCAAUCGUAAACAAAAACAUGAUAAAAUAUGAUAUAUAUAGUUAUCUUAUAGUAUGUGACCUUAAAACUUAAAACUCGCUUAUAUUACUCUCAUUAUGCUCUUAUUUUUUGAAAGAGCAUUUAAAUGUUUUUCAUAAUUUAUUGCUACCGCUCUAACAAAUUUAAAGCUAAAAUUAUUUGAAAUAGUCCAUUAAUUUGAAAUUGGAUUUUAAAAAGACAAUGAAUUGUAAAAUUGUCAAAUGCAUGUACAAUGCUCUGAUAAUCACGUAGUUUGAACAAUUUUGUUUGCAUACAUAAAUAUAUAACAUCGUUUAAAAUGAGUUAAUCUUACGAUAAGAUACGUGAUUUAAUUGCAUUAAAGGCAUAAGCUUUUGAUCUAUUUGAGCUUUUUACAGUAGAUAUGUGUGACAGAUAACUAAUUUUUCUAAAAUGAAUAAACAUUUUGGUCUCAAAUGCACUUUUUAUUAUAUUGUACACUAAAAUAUUUCUUUAAUAGACAUGUAGUUACAUUAUGUUUAUUACAUUGUAUUACAUUUUCAAAAUAUCAAUGCAUUAUCGUAACUUAUUAUAGCAUUAUCUGUGAUAUUUGUAACUUUUACUCUUUUGUUUUAUUUAUUUAAAUACAAUAUGCAUGUCAUAGAAGCUAGUUAUGUAAUAAAUGUCUGAUAU